CUGACUGGGGUGUUUUUUUCGAUUCUGUAGGCGGCUGCAUUGCGAUUUCACCGUCAUCUUCAUUUAUCUUUAGUGCUAUUUUUUAAAGGUAUAGCUAGCCGACGUAUUCUGCGCAGUCUAGUACCAGUAGGUAGGCUUUGGUGUGGGUGGGAGAAAUCUCCAGCGCCAAAUUAUCUCAGUUUGAAUGCAGCCACUGACGUUUGAAAAUGAGUUCGUGCGAUUCUCGAGGAGCACCGGUGAGGAAGUUAAAGUCGUAAGCAUCGCAUUAUUUCGCCUACGCUGUUUCUUCAGCUCCGCAAGGAAACGUGCGUAAUUAUCGGAAUUUUAGGUUUUCUAUUUAUUAAAUAAUCUGUUUCACCGCUGAGGAGAGCUCUGCAGUCAACAUUUUGUGAACGAAAAUCGCUCAUAGCCUACAGUUUCCAAGGUGCGAGUUACAGCAUGAUGAAAAGUCUGUAGUGUACCUGCGAGGCGACGCUGUAAGACAUUGAACAUCGGCGAAGUCAGCGCGUUAUAUUUAAUUUAUGGAUUGCCGUCAUGGCUGAGAAACGAUGUAUCGGUUUAAAAGGAGGUCUAUUUUCGCGAUCUCUUAUACAAUGGGACCUUUCAAAUAACUGCUGGAUUUUUUCCAUCGGAAUAAAGCACCAGCAAGGCUUCUGAGAAUACCAGUGGUGUCUCUGGAUGUGGAUACCAGGCAGCGUUACGUUUGCGGCAAAACGUUGACAGAUUUAUUCCCCAUUUAUUAUUGGGAUUUUUUACACCUACUUUGCUUAUCAAAGGCUGUUCGGCUAUUGUAAAAAGCGGCUGGCCCGACAUCUCGGUAAAUCGUGCAUGGAUUUUACAUUAACUUGAGGUUGAUGAGGCUGCAGUGGAUCAUCUAUGUAUAGUGACAUCGUUUGCUUCUCUCAUUAAAAAUGUGCUGCUUCAUUACAACAUUUUGCAGAGAGAGAACCAGCAGACAGUAAAUUAUGAAUGUUGAACAAGAUGACCUCUUACCAUCAGCGCCAGAUGAUGAGAGGUCCUAGAUGGAAAGGGGCUUGGUUUGACCCCUUAUUCAUCCUGCUAUUGGCUCUGCAGCUGCUUGCAGUGGCAGGACUGGUACGGGCCCAAACCUGUCCCUCUGUGUGCUCCUGUAGCAACCAAUUUAGCAAGGUAAUCUGCACGCGCAGAGGACUCCGAGAAGUCCCUGACGGAAUCUCCACCAACACACGCUAUCUGAACCUUCAGGACAAUCUUAUCCAGGUCAUCAAGGUGGACAGCUUCAAGCACCUACGCCAUUUGGAAAUCCUACAGCUCAGCAAAAACCACAUCCGCAACAUUGAGAUAGGCGCCUUUAAUGGGUUAACCAGCCUCAACACCCUGGAGCUCUUUGACAAUCGCCUCACCACCAUCCCAAAUGGAGCUUUUGAAUAUCUCUCUAAACUCAAGGAGCUGUGGCUUAGGAACAACCCGAUUGAGAGCAUACCUGCCUAUGCUUUCAACCGCUUGCCUUCCUUGCGAAGGCUGGAUUUGGGUGAACUUAAGCGCCUCACCUACAUCUCAGAUGGAGCCUUUGAGGGCUUGAGCAACCUCCGCUAUCUGAACCUGGGAAUGUGUAACCUCAAGGAGGUCCCAAACAUUAAGCCCUUGGUUCGACUGGAUGAGCUGGAGAUGUCAGGGAACCAACUGACCGUGAUCCAGCCUGGUUCCUUUAAGGGUCUCAGUCACCUCCAAAAGCUAUGGAUGAUGCAUGCCCAGAUCCAAACUAUAGAGAGGAACUCUUUUGAUGACCUGCACUCAUUAGGUGAGCUCAACCUGGCUCACAACAACCUCACCUAUGUGCCCCAUGACCUUUUCUCUCCUUUGCGUCAUCUGCAAAGAGUUCAUCUGCACCACAAUCCAUGGAAUUGCAACUGUGACAUCCUGUGGUUAAGCUGGUGGCUCAGGGAGACUGUGCCCACUAACACCAGCUGCUGUGCCCGUUGUAACUCUCCUCCAAGCCUCAAGGGGCGCUACAUUGGUGAGCUGGACCAGAGCUAUUUUCAGUGUUAUGCACCUGUCAUAGUUGAGCCCCCCACUGACCUCAAUGUGACUGAGGGAACAUCAGCAGAGCUCAAAUGUCGGACAAAUUCACUAACCUCAGUUAGCUGGUUAACACCAAAUGGUUCUAUUAUGACUCAUGGGGCAUCCAAGGCACACAUCUCAGUGCAAAAUGAUGGAACAUUAAACUUCACCAGUGUCUCAAUGCAUGACACUGGUACCUACACCUGCGUGGCCAGCAACAUGCUGGGGAACAUUUCAGCAUCCGCUGUCCUCAAUGUGACCUCCAUAGACAACAGUGGUGUCACCUACUUCACCACAGUCACUGUUGAGACUAUAGAAUCCCCAGUUGAUGGGGAGAGCAGGACCCCAGUUCAGCCUUCCUUUGCCUGGGUGUCAUCCUCAACUACAAGGGGAACCCCCAUUUCCACAGAGAAAGCCUACACCAUCCCUGUGACAGACAUAGAUGUGGAGGGGCCUCUAAAUGGUCUGGAGGAAGUGAUGAAGACCACCAAGAUCAUUAUUGGCUGCUUCGUGGCCAUCACGCUUAUGGCCGCCGUCAUGCUCAUUAUCUUCUACAAGAUGCGUAAGCAGCAUCACCAGCAGGACCAUGAUGGGCCAACGCGCACAAUCGAGAUCAUCAAUGUAGACGAGGAGCUGACAGGCGUCCCAGCAAUGGAGAGCCACCUGACUCUUCCCCCGCUGGAGCAUGACCAUUACAACCAUUACAACUCAUACAAGAGUGCAUACAACCAUGCCUCCACCUUCAGCUCACUCCACGGUUCUGCGCACGAACCUUUACUAAUCCAAGCCAGCUCAAAAGACAAUGUGCAAGAGACACAAAUCUGAAUCCUUUGCUUUGAACAACACAAGUUGAUCUGUACUAACAAUGUUGUAGGUUUUGGUGGCACACGUGUAGUGGCGACCAAGACAGUGUGGAAGAUGUGUUACUGAGAACUGGGAUGUAUGUAUUAUUUGAACAAGUGUCUUUACGAGUGAUUAUUUAUUUAAAGAUACAUGUAGUGGCUGAAUUUAAAAAAAAAAAAAAGAAGUUAAUAUCCUUUUUCCACUUGUACCUAUUUUUCUUUGAAUUUGGGGAAUGAAUGGUUUACAAAACAAUGCGCUUAUUUGUGAAUUUAAGGUGAAACCACAUGCUUUUGACAGCCUCAUGUGAAUAAAGUGUUACAUUCAUGAUACAGACAUAAUUGUUGCAUCUGUGGGCAUGCUGCAAAAUUUCACUUCUACAUGUUUUCACAAUCUGGUGGAAUGCAAGAAAAAUCUGGCCACAGAGGAUUUAAGACUGUAAAUAGCACAGUGCAAGUGGACGUGAUAAACCAAUCGGUUCGAUGCAGAAGGUGCAGAGAUGAGAAUCAAUAGUUACAAUUCCCUAUAAAAGGGAAUUCCCUAUAUGCUCUAGUGCCAUAUUCUAGAUUUUCUUGCUGUGGCAGCGAAUGGUGCAAAUGUUCAUUUUUGAAGACAGCAACACAAAGAUGGCUAUGUUUUAAUUAUCAAGUCAAAACUGGGAGGUGUUGCACACUAAAAUCUAAAAAUUAUCCUUCAACAUUAUUCAUAUGGAAGAGAUGUCUAUUCAAACAUUAAUUCAAUGUUUUCUUUUUUGUUUAGUUAUCUGAGGACACACAAUACUGUGAAUAAGAAUUUUUAUUAGUUUUUAGUUGUUUUUUGAUCUGAUGCAAUAGGAACAUAUGUGUAAUAAUUACAAAGCUCUACAGAUGAGCUACAGGUUAGAUCUUCACAUACUAUCAUUCAUAAGACUUAAGAAUUUCAGAAAUUGGAUCAAACAAAAGUCAUGAAGCAACACAUCAGAUCUGACUGUUUUGCAGAUUUGCUUUUGGUUGUGUUUAUACUGAGGGCACUGAUCAGAUAAAAGGAUGAUCAACCUUGUUUAAACACUGACUUUUUAGAGAGUUUAGCUGCUGUAAAAACAGCAUUGGCAUACUUUUCAAUCAAAAGCACAACUACUUGUUUAAUCUUACCGGUAGCUCCUUAACAUUUGUAUGGAAAAUCCUUGCAUAUAUACUAUUGGGCUGUUAACAAAGACUGCAAAGGACAUAUACGUGCACACACACACACAAAUGUCAAAUGUUGCUUGUUAGAUGUGUUUGUGAGAGGGGGGAGUGCAAUGUAAUUUUUUAGCAUUUGAAAAAUAUAAGUUAAUUAUCAUUAAAUUAACAGUACUCUUUUGAAUCUCACUAGAUUUAACACCAUUUUGAGAUAUUCUUCCUCAACAUAUCAUUGUUGAUUA